CCAGGAUUGGUGGAGGGGAGCCGGCGUCCCGCCUAGGCGCGCUGAGUCUUGUGGGUGGUGGAACCGCGCAGAGUGGGGUUGGCGUCCGGCGCGUUGUGGCGGCAGGGAGGUCUGAAGCCGAACCUGUGAUAUCUGAAUUAGCUCUAGCAGAAGAGAAAUGGAGGAGCCAUAGAGUAUUAAGAAUGAAUUCAGGAAGGCCUGAGACCAUGGAAAACCUGCCUGCUCUCUACACUAUUUUCCAAGGCGAGGUUGCUAUGGUAACAGACUAUGGAGCCUUUAUCAAAAUCCCAGGCUGUCGGAAGCAAGGUCUGGUGCAUCGAUCUCACAUGUCAUCCUGUCGAGUGGAUAAGCCCUCUGAGAUUGUAGAUGUUGGAGACAAAGUGUGGGUGAAGCUUAUUGGUCGAGAGAUGAAAAAUGACAGGGUAAAAGUGUCUCUCUCCAUGAAAGUUGUUAACCAAGGCACUGGGAAAGACCUGGAUCCCAACAACGUUAUCAUUGAGCAAGAAGAGAGGCGGAGGCGAUCCUUCCAGGAUUACACCGGGCAGAAGAUCACCCUUGAGGCCGUUCUCAACACUACCUGCAAGAAGUGUGGCUGUAAAGGUCAUUUUGCAAAAGAUUGUUUCAUGCAGCCGGGUGGGACCAGAUACUCUCUGAUACCUGACGAGGAAGAGGAAAAAGAAGAGGCAAAGUCAUCAGAAUUUGAGAAGCCUGACCCCACAAAAAAUUCUUCUAGAAAAAGAAAGAAAGAAAAGAAGAAAAAGAAACAUAGAGACAGGAAAUCCCCUGACUCCGAAAGCUCAGACUCUGAGAGUGACGCGGGCAAGAAGGCCAGGCGCACAUCCAGCAAGGCAGCCAAGGGGAAGAAGAAGAAGAAGAAGCACAAGAAGAAGCACAAGGAGUGAGAGCAGGAAGCGCAUGGGGGGCUGGGAAGAAGGAACCAGGAGCCUUGUACCAUGGAGCUCCUGGACAGCUAACUGUGGCCUCCCACCUCGCUGACUUGCUCCCUGGGGAGAUGGCUGUCCGCACGCAGCAGACAGGUUUGGGCGUUAGGAUUCAAAAGCAGCUGCCUAAAUGAGUUUGUUUCUGUAUCAC